AGCUGAAAGACAAGAAGAUAGACUUACAAGAAUAGUCACCUAUACCACAAAACUGGCUCCUCGAUGUGUCCUAAAUCUUCUUGAGAAAAAGGGAUGGUCUGUUGUGUCCAGUGCUGGUUUUGCAGAGAAAUGUGUCUGGACUCUUCACAAGGAUGCUUAACAAACUCUACAAAAGCAUACUAUCCUUUUUAUUUCACUGUCUUUCUAACAUUUAAAUUAGUAAGAGAAUAUGCUUAUAUAUCUGGCUAUGGUAAUUAAGAUAAACUUUUAAGCUGUUAGGUAAUUGACUUAUAGGUGAAAAAGUGAACAGUAAUAAUCACAUUGCUUCUAAUUUUGUGCUAUAAAGAUGACUAACAGAAUUACUGAUAUUGAAGAUUUGUUGCCUCCUAAACCUCAAGCUCCCCAGCCUCGGGACUGUUGCGGCAGUGGCUGUUGCCCGUGUGUGCAUGAUAUUUACGAGGAAGACCUAAGGAGAUGGAAGAAACAGUGCAGGCGCAUUCGGGAGGGAGGGCUAGAGGAAGUCCCAGUGGAAGGGGCACUCCAUCCAGAUAAAUGGAAAGAAUUUGAAAUUGUAAAGAUAAAAGAAGUUUACUCUAAUUGCCUUUGUUAUACAUUCAAGCUACCAGAGGGUAAAAAUCUAGGGCUUAGCAUUGGCCAACAUUUAAUUGUCAAGCAAAUAAAAAAUGGUAGAUCAGUGAUUAGGCAAUAUACCCCAAUAUCAGAUAUUUCUGAAAAAGGAUCAUUUGAUGUGUUAAUAAAAAUCUAUCCUAAUGGCAAGAUUACUCAACUGAUUAAAGAUUGGAAAGUGGGAGAUAACAUUCCUUGGAGGGGCCCAUUUGGCAAUUUUUCCUACAAAACAAAUUGUUAUAAAAGGAUUCUCAUGUUAGCAGCUGGGACAGGGAUUGCACCCAUGUAUCAAAUUAUAAAAGCAAUUGUGGAUAAUGAUCAAGAUGAAACCUUUAUUAAAUUGUUAUAUUCAUCUAAGAGUAUUUCAAACAUUCUUUUGAGGGAAGAACUUUUAACAUUAUGUCAAUUUUGGAACUUUACAAUGACUCAUUACCUAAGUGAAGAGGAUGAUUUGCGAAUGAAGAAAUACAAUGAAACAGUUAUGUCAAGGAAGUUGACUAAAGAGGAUGUAAAAAAUGAAUUGCUACAAGCGCCUGUAGAUUCUACUCUAGUUCUAGUGUGUGGGACCAGAUCAUUUGACAAGGACAUGGUAAAUGCUGCCAAAGAUGCCCAGGUGCCUGAUAAAAAUAUUUUCAAAUUUUGAGAUUUUUUGACCAUUUUUAUUUUCUAGAAUUGUAUUUUGAUAUUUAAGUAAAAUAUUUUGGGGGGACAAAAUGAUGUUGGUAAGUGCAUUGCCUAAUUCUGUAGUGUCUUCCAGAGUGAGAUAGCGCUGAUCAAUAUGUAUUUAAGACAAUAAAGUAAUUGUAUAUU